CUUUGUUUCUUGGGAGACCUUCAUCAUGUUUUACACAAAAUUCUUGCUUGCUGUGGUACUCUUCACAGGGAAUGUGCUCAGCAAUCCUUCUUUCUCGACUGGCCCCAUUCCCAAAAAUUCAAACAACUUUGCGCCACCAAGCUCAGAGAGUAAGAAAGCUUUAGGUAAACCCCAACCGAGAUAUGUUCCGAAUGGAUAUAUCGUUCAAUUGCAAAGCGACGGGCCCUUAGCGAAGCGCGCCUUGGACCUACACGAAGACUUUCAUUUGCUGGCCAAGCGACUUGACGGCAUAGAUUACUCUAUUCGUGAGACCUUCUCAGAAAACAAAAUAUUUGUUGGUCUUUCUUUGACAUUAAAAGCCGGCGACGUCCAAGCUCUCAAGUCUCUGAAGAAUGUCGCGAAUGUAUGGCCAAUCAAAACCAUGCCAGCCCCUGCAGCUGUGGUUCGCCGUGUACCAUUGACGAGGAGAUACGAAAAGGCUGUUGUUACUGGAACCAAUUACUCCUUGCCAUAUAUCACUGGGGAUUUAGAUGUGAAUAGGCCUCACGAAAUGACCGGUGUCAAUAAAGCUCAUGGGGCUGGCAUCAGAGGCAGGGGCGUUAAGAUUGCGAUCUUGGAUACGGGGGUGGAUUAUCGACAUCCUUCCUUGGGAGGCUGUUUCGGAUCAGGUUGCAAGAUUUCUUUUGGUCAUGAUUUUGUUGGCGAUUCUUACGAUCCUGAUAUGGGGAUACCAGCAGUCGAAAGUGCUGAUCCGCUGGCCACUUGCAUCAAUGGGGGCCACGGUACCCAUGUUUCUGGUGUGUUCAAUCCAAAAAUGUGGAAUUUGUAACACUAAUAGGAUCUAUUCAGGUAUUAUCGGAAUGGUUGAUCAGCCAGGCACUGGCUACGGCCUUCUUGGCGUCGCUCCUGAAGCAACUCUAGGUCAGUACUUUACCCAUUAUUGUAUACAUCAAGUACUAUUUCUCAUGUGUUUCUUGUAGGAAUGUAUCGUAUUUUCGGGUGUGGUGGAGGAUCAGAUGACGAUAUUGUUAUGAAAGCACUUUUACGAGCAGCAACUGAUGGGGCCAACGUCAUCAGCAUGUCGUUUGGUCAUAUUUGGGCCGAUGAGGCGUCAAAUCCUUAUCAACCUAUCUCGAAAAGUCUGUAUGAGCAGGGCAUUGCCUUAUUUGCAUCUGCUGGUAAUGCAGGUUCGUUCGGUAUAUUCGGACCUUCCAGCCCAGCAAUCAGCACAGAUAUCUUUGCCGUUGGCUCGGUGGACAACAACAAAUAUCCUGUCACUUAUGCACUGAAAGAUUCCGAUGGACGUUCUCUCCGAUACUCGGCCAAUUUUCCGCAAGAUUCUCCCCCAGGAGGUCUGAUCGUGCAAGUUAUGAGCUAUGGUAGGCCAGAUUACUUAUUGACCGGAUCGUUCAUAGAUCUCUACGAGGAAGCCGCCCAAAAUUUGACUGCGGCAGGUAUAGAUCCAGCCAACGUCAUUCUUGCAGCCAAGUACGGCGAUUUUGCUCCUGAGGUCAAAGCCGAGCUUGCAGCUGACUUUGGGUACAAGUACUUUCUGAGCUAUGCAACGGAGGAUGUUGAAUCAUUUUUCGGCAAGGAAUACUAUGUUGCUAGCCCUGAGAGAGCCUGGCCAAUCGAUCCCAUCACCCUUGUCGUACAAGAUUCCACUACUCUUUUAGAAGGUUAUGGAAAGCAUCCGCUCAAAUAUAAGAUCUUCUUGAGUUCUUCGGAUUAUUUUGCCAAAAGCACUGUCUCUAUGACGGGUGGCUUCAUGAGUAACUAUUCUUCUUUCGGGCCCACGAUACAGUACAACAUUAAGCCACAACUCUCAGCACCAGGUGGAAAUAUUCUCGCCACAUGGCCACUCGCAAAUGAUGGAUAUACAAUUAUUUCUGGUACUUCAAUGUCCACCCCUUUUAUGGCAGGAUCGUAUGCGCUCAUAAAAUCCCAGCGACCAGAACUUAGCGUAGGAGGUAUUUACGCGUUGAUGCAAAACUCAGGAAAGACUUUACCAUGGUUCUACAACCAAAAAAUCAAAUCAGCAGCUAUCCACCAAGGAGCAGGCUUGCUGGAUGUUCACAAUGCCGUGACAUGGGAAUCAUAUAUCACCCCAUCCCAACUUAAUGUCGGGCUGCAGAAGGACUAUGUUAAUUGGAAUAAUGUGGUCACUCUCAAUCUCACAAUCACAAAUCUGUCGACUAGGUCGAAGACAUACACUUUCUCUCAUACCCCGGCAGGAUUGAUGGAAAACAAAUGGUGGGAUCUGGAGACUUACAACAGGAUGUAUGCGUACUACGCAUCGGUGAAGUUCCACGAAGAAUCUGUCUUGGUGAAGGGUGGCGAGAAGGGUGUGGUGAGUGUCGAUAUCAUCGCUCCUGUUCCCGAUCAGGCUACUUGGGGAGAUGAUGCGAUUAACCUUCUCGACCCUGUGUUUAGCGGGUUCAUUGUUGUCAACAACAAUUUUGAAACAUUCAAUAUUCCCUAUGCCGGCCAAAUUUGGGAUAGUUGUAGAUUUGGGUGCUCGGUUGGGUGAUGGAAUUGAUUAUGGUGGAGUUCGAUGCACUGGGAUGUCAGAUCAUAGUGUUUCCAUGCUCGAUUAUUGAAUGAAGAAUAUCAUGGUGAUACCGAUCUUUCCAGUGACAGAAUAUGGCGUUCGUUGAUAAGGGUGGGAUGCUCAAGGUAUUGCAGGGUUGUGAGAUACCUGGCCAUUACUCC